UAACAUAGUCUUGUACGAAUUAAGUGGGAGUUGUGCCUAUAUAAUUAUACCUUUAUUAUUGGUUAGAAGAAAACAAAACGAAAAAAUCCCAAGUUAAACAAUAAGGUUCAUAGUUCCCUCACUAGCUUAUCUUGCCUUUUCAACCUUCCCUGUUGCGAGAUGAACAUGUGGUCAAAUGGACUAGGGCAGCUCAGCAAGUUUUGCUAUGGACAAUCCCAAGUCAAUCUAGCUUUCUUUCGACUUUUCGACCCUGUCACUGAAUCUUCCUGUAAUUCUUGACUGGCGAAUGAUUCACCGCUGACUGGCCGUCCGGAUGAGCGGUCACCGCCUUGAUGCUGAUGCUCAGGAUAUUGCACCGUUGGUUAGAGGCGGAGCGCUGGUGCCUGAAGAAGAACCCUCGAGGAGUCAGUGAGCGUCUCAGUUGGCUCUGACCGCCUGCCUAUGCCAUCGGGCUGGAAUUAUGGACACGAAACACACUAUUUUAUUAUGGAUUUAUAUAUGUUUUUCAUUGUCUGGUAAGUAGGCCUAGCUUUCAAAGUUCACAUGGGAAGGGGUAGCCUAGUUUAUUGAACUGCAGAGCAAUUGUCUUUGUCUUGAGGGGUUUUCCCCUCUUUUCUUUAUUCCGACCUGCAUUCAUUUAAUUAAGAAGCUCCAGGAGGGCGACAGCGAAAAACAAAUGUUCUCAUAUUUGUGCUUGAGAAUCCUAGCCUAUGCGUGUCUCUGGACUUCUUUUCUAGAUUUGUCAGUGUUGUGCAGCCGAGCACUGCCACAUGUCUCGCGCUAUGAUGUCGUUCGACUUCAACGGCUGGAUGUUCACGGGCGCGCGAAGAGGAGUGCUGCUUCUCAACAGCCUUUCCCAGGCGAAUUGCACUUCAGCAUUGCACUGGAAGGGACCAACUACACCUUGCACUUAGAGAAGAACAGUGGUUUGAUAGGGAAGGACUACACGCUCACACACUACAAAGAGGACGGCACCAUCACCACCACAGGCACAGAGGCGACAGAGCACUGCUAUUACCAUGGUCAUAUCCCCGGUGUAAAGAACUCCUCCAUCAGUGUGGGCCUGUGCUCAGGAAUGCAUGGCGUGGUGUGGGUGGGACAGCAGGCCUUCCACGUGGAGCCUCUGGAAGGUUCCGUGUUGGGCGAGCACGCCGUGUUCCGACCGCAGCACCUGGUGAGGGGCGGGAGGAGGGUGCGAAGGGGAGCCGCCCCUCGCCAUAACGACUUUCUCUAUGACAACAUGCCCCGCCCACAGGGCAUGAGAAGCCACAUCUCCCUCAACGCACCUCGCUACGUGGAGCUGGUGGUGGUGGUGGACAGCAGCGAGUAUAAGCACUACAAGAGCAAGACGAAUGUACAGGAGUUCAUUAUGGGGGUCGUCAACCAUGUGGACAAGUUGUACCGUAAGUCUCUGGGUGUCCGUGUGAUUCUGGUGGGUCUGGAGGUGUGGUCUAGAGACCAGAUCACCGUCACUGGCAACGCCCACGAUCUUCUCUACAGCUUCAUUGAGUGGAGAAAUAAACACCUCACCCACCGCAAGAAGCACGACAACGUACAGUUCGUCACUGGCGUGGACUUCGAGGGCAGCACGGUUGGCCUGGGCUUCAUGUCUGUCAUGUGUUUCGACAACUCAGGUGGCGUCAACCAGGAUCGUCAUGAUGGCAUCGAGAGUUUGGCGUCCACCAUGGCCCAUGAGAUGGGGCACAACAUGGGCAUGAGCCAUGACACCACUGGCUGCAGAUGUGGUGCCUCGGACAACUGUGUCAUGGCAGAGACCGUAAAUAACACCCCAUCCUCUGUUUAUGUGCGUGCACGCUUGUGUGUGUGUGUGUGUGUGUGUGUGUGUGUGUGUGUGUGUGUGUGUGUGUGUGUGUGUGUGUGUGUGUGUGUGUGUGUGUGUGUGUGUGUGUGUGUGUGUGUGUGUGCGCACGUGCAUGCGCAAUUGUGUGUGUGUGUGUGUUGGUGGGUCGUGUCCCUAUACAGUAAUGAAGACUACCCUCAGUACUUCAGUAGCUGCAGUGUGGAUCAGUACCGGCAGUUCCUGGGGUCCAAUAACCCCGCCUGCCUACUGAAUCGACCGGCCCCCGAGACCUUCUUCGGGCCCCCGCGCUGCGGCAACGGGCUCCUGGAGAGCGGAGAGCAGUGUGACUGUGGCACAGCACAGGAGUGCACUAACCCCUGCUGUAACGCCACUACCUGCCGACUGACGGAGGGGUCCCAAUGUGCAGAGGGAGAAUGUUGCCAGAGCUGCAAGUUUAAGUCGUCCCGUAGCAUGUGCCGCGCGAGUGCCCAUGACUGUGACCUGUCGGAGUACUGCUCGGGCCACUCUGCCGAGUGCCCGUCAGACGCCUACGCCAUGAACGGCAGCCCCUGCAACCGUAACCAUGGAUACUGCUACAACGGCCAGUGCCCCUCACGCCAGCAGCAGUGCCAGCUCAUCUUUGGAGAAGCUGCUAGUGCCUGCCCUGAAAAGAGGUGUCUUCGGCGGUAUGGCUGUGAUGAGCAGCAACUGGUGUGUGGUAACGUGCGGUGUAGAGGUGGCAAGACCAAGUUCAACAUCACCUUCAUCGAGGUGGACAGGAACUGCAAAGAGAUCACACACGUUAACAGCCCAGACCCACACUUCAACAGAGCACCCACUGGCACCAAGUGUGGACACAAUAUGGUGUGUGCCAAAGGCCGGUGUCAGGAUGUGUCUGUGUUUGGAGCCAGAGACUGCGGAGAGAAGUGCAACAACCACGGGGUGUGCAACCAUGAGAACCAAUGCCACUGUGAUCCUGGCUGGGCACCGCCCUUCUGCACAGAGGAACUGCCUAAUCAAGUCACAGGUGCCAGUGCUGUGGUGGUGGGUGUGUGUAUAGCUGUGGCGAUUCUGAUCUUGCUCACUCUGGUCGUCGCUGCUCUGUCCUGCUGCAGAAACACACACACACACUCCAAACCGACCAUGAACCUCAAGGGACGCAGUGGUUUCAGGCAGACGCGUACCUCCUCCGGCCAGGCCAACCCGGUAUUCCAGGCAGGCAGUGCUAAGGGCAGCCCUCGCUGUGGAGGACCCCGCAGCAGCCCCCAGUCUGAGCCCCCCCGCAUCGGGCACCCCACCCUGCUUGAGUCCACACACACACAAAGCUGUAGAGCCCUCCCCGCACACACACCCACACCCUGUCGCGCUGCACCCCAGCCUCCCCAGAAGCCUGCAGCGCCAUCAUAUCACAUGAUGCAUCAGACCCCUCCCCUACAGAAGUCAAACUGCAAACCUUCCCAGUCACCUCCUAAAGUUCCAUCGGCCAAGCCAACUCCACCCGCCAGCAAACCCUCGCUCUCAAACACUCAGCACGCCCUCUCGACACCCCCCAAGCCCUGCAUCUCGGCCAGCAAGCCGCCUCCGACCGCCAGCAAACCGCUCCCUGCGGCCAGCAAGCCACUUCCUGUGGCCAGCAAGCCACUUCCUGCCGGCGGCCAUCCGCUCCCUGUGAUGGUGCGACCCCAGGCUCCCUCCAGGCCCUUACCUCCGCUCACCCCCAAAACGGCCAAUAAGCCCAUGCCUCCCCCUACACCCCCAGUCAAGCCCACCGCCUCACCAUCGCCAUGGAAGUCUGAGGUUUCAGCAGGUCAGAAGAUUGCUCUGAUUCCCCCACGUGGAGGCAGAUGACCAGAUGACGAUGCAAGAGAAAAACAGACAAAGAGAUUUUUUUACACAUGCACUUAAACACACACACGCACUUAAACACACACACACGCUCAGGAGGUCUGCUGUGUUAACCACUGGAGGAUGAUGAAGAGGAUGACGACGGCAGUGUGUUGUGUUCAUUUGCUCUGGACUAAACCUUGUGUAUGUGUGUGUGUGUGUGUGUGGGAUGUGUGAGACUAGCCUUAAGUGCUCAUCACGUGUGCGAGGUUAGGAUUGAUCGGAUCGGAUGUGUGUCAGUGAGAGGGGGCUUUAGAAUGGGAACCUGAGCUUCAGUAUCUUGUCAAAUCACAUGUGUGUGUGUGUGUGUGUGUGUGAGAAAUAAUGGUGUACACUGAGACAGCGGUAAACUUGGGGGCCCGCAGUGAAUGUGUGUGUGUGUGUGUGCGCGUGUGUGUGUGUGUGUGUGUGUGUGUGUGUGUGUGUGUGUGUGUGUGUGUGUGUGUGUGUGUGUGUGUGAUUAUUGUAGCAGCCAUAGCUUGUUUUCUCGCCACCCUCGUGUUGACGCCUUUCAGGGACUUUUUUAUGGUACGUAAUUUGUGUGUCUGGGACAAAAUAUAUCUCGUGUGUGUGCGUAUGUGUGUGUGUGUGUAUGGGACAAAGUGCUCUUUUCAUGGACAUAAUUGCUGAAUUGUUGUGCUGCAGAUGCCUCAUGCCUUAGGGCUGUUGGAGCUCACAGGACUGGAUAUGUCACACACACACACACACACACACACACACACACACACACACACACACACACACACACACACACACACACACACACACACACACACACACACAGAGAGAAGGCUGAUGGAGCUCACAGGACUGGAUAUAUCGCACACACACACACACACACACACACACACACACACACACACACACACACUCACACACACACACACACACACACGGGGCACCCGGUUUUCAGAGGUGUGACCCACGGAUCCAGAGAAUGUAAACCCUGCCACUAUCUGUCUAUAAUUACAGUAGCUCCUUGUGAACCGCUGAUUCUGAGCUGGUGUGAUCUUAUUGGUUGGCAGGAUUUUUACUUCCUGAACCUUCCUGUACUCCUCAAUGUGUCUGCUCGUGGGCCCAUGAGCCAGAACCACAUCAGUAUUUGGCCAGGGGUGUCAAACUCAUUUCAGUUCAGGGAAGGCACAAUACAGCCAAUUUUAUCUCGAGUGGUGGGACCAGUAAAGUAAUUGCAAAAUAUCACAAAUUUCUGCUCCAUAUUGAAAUCGCAUUGCUACUCAUCAUCUCAAGGUGGAUGACACCACCAGGUAGGCUAUCAUUCAGAACUAUAAAUGUCGACCAAAACUGCAGCAAAUGUUGUAAUGGUCUAGAGAUUUACCUCUUAUUUUGACAUUCUUAGUUUUGUUUUCUCUACAAGUCUGGGGACAGAUUGAACCAUCUGCUGGGCCGCAUCCGCCCCUCGGUCCUUAUGUUUGACACCCCUGGUUCAGUAUAGACCAUAUUAUGACUAUGGACCACAGCCCUUCUGGGUUGGAUUAGCGGGGAGUGGGAUUAGCCAUCUUGUUCUCCAGGGAUUGUUUUUUGUUUAUGUUCCGAGCCACGGAUGUUUAUAGCCUACAUGUUUUUGCACCUUUGUAGUUUUUUUUAAUUGGUCACUGUAGUUGUCCUUGACAUGUUACUUGAUGUUUACUUGAUGAUGUCGUUGUUGCACAUUCUUACUUGAGGCAUUUGAAAGGUUUUUUUCCGGUUUGGGAUUUUGAAAGCAGUUUAGUUUCUUCAGCAGGUCUGAAACCUUUUUGUAUUUGUCUUGUUGAUUCUUUAUGCCUUGUUUUAAAUUAUUUGCCAUAAUUAUUUUAUUUUAUAAUCAAAAUGAUCAGAAUUGUUGUAUGUCAGUCCGUCCACCAGUUUGUUGACUGUUGCAUUUUUCUCAGACAGCAAUAAAGAUGUUUUUUU